AUGUCCCAUUCAAGCUCUGAUUCAGAGGAAGACCCCAUCGUCCGUUUGUCAGACAUCCUCACUGUUGCUGCCCAGUAUGAGAAAGGAAAAAUUAAACCCAAUAAAACGACUCCCCGACACACGGCAAACGCAACAUUCCUCACUCGCGUCUCGCUCUUCCAAGGAGAUAUAACCGCAAUGGAGGUUGACUCCAUCGUCAAUGCCGCCAAUCGGAGUCUGUUGGGCGGAGGCGGAGUAGAUGGCGCGAUCCACUCAGCAGGUUUGACUGAAUUCUCUUUCUUCAUCGGUUGUUUACUCAAAUCCAGCGGGACCGCAACUACUCGCAGAAUGCAAGUUUCCUUCACCCAUCCAACGUUCCCUCGUCUGAUCCGGGCGAAAGGUGAGACUCUGGGUGGCUGCGACACUGGCGGCGCUAAGAUCACAAAGGCCUACAAGCUGCCCUCCAAACACAUCAUCCAUGCCGUUGGGCCUGUCUACUCGCGAUCCGACGUGGAGAACCGCGCAAAACAGCUUGCUUCUUGUUACAAGACCAGUCUCGACAUCGCAGUCGAGAAUGGCCUAAAGCAUAUCGCUUUUCCAUCUAUCAGCACCGGCAUAUAUGGGUACCCUAUCGUCGACGCCACGCACAUAGCGUUGGAGACAGUCCACCAAUUCUGUGAGUCAGAACACGGAGGCAAACUCGACCGAAUAAUCUUUGUUGUUUGGAGCAACAAGGACAAAGAGGUCUACGAGACCCUUAUUCCCGAGUAUUUCCCGCUGGAGGAAGAGUCAACGACCAAUGAGCCUGCAGAACAGCAACCUGUCUCGGAGGAGCUUUCCCAGCUUCCUGAUGCUCCAGAAGAGGCUUCGUAA